UUACUAUAAAUACCCAUUAUGUACUGCUGCUUAAUUAAGUACACUACACUUCCAAUCAUACUGAAGUGAAAGCCUUUCGAUACAUCAGUACUAUUCAUUCUCUCAUAAAUAAAUAAAGCUCGUUCUGAAUCGACUAGUAUUUUUUCGAUCCAUUGUUCUGUUCCUGCCACGAGCUAGAUCGAUCUAAUUAAUUUAAUUGAUGGACAAGUUCAACUUUGUGAAAGAUGGAGCAAUAAAACUGCCACCUGGUUUUCGAUUUCAGCCAACUGAUGAAGAGAUUGUGUUUCAAUAUUUGAUUCGUAAAACAUUUUCUUGUCCCUUGCCUGCUUCCAUUAUUCCUGAAAUUAAUAUUUGCAAGCACGACCCUUGGGAUUUGCCUGGUGACAUAGAGCAGGAUAGAUAUUUCUUUAGCAGCAAAGAAGCUAAGUAUAGGAAUGGAAAUCGAGCUAACAGGGCAACUAUAGGUGGCUAUUGGAAGCCAACAGGUUUAGACAAACAAAUUAUAUGCUCAAAAAGAAAGCCAAUUGUUGGCAUGAAGAAAACUCUUGUUUUCUAUAAAGGAAAGACUACUACUUCUCAUCAUGCUACCAGAACUGAUUGGAUUAUGCAUGAAUAUCGUCUUGCUGUUAUCCCCAAAGAUUCAUCAUCCAAUUUCCAUGGCCAUUUCAAGAAACCCUCUGAUCAGAGUUCUUUGGUUCAAAUAGGGAAUUGGGUUCUUUGUCAUAUAUUCUUGAAGAAGAGAAAUGGGAAAUGUAUUCAAGAAAUUCUUGAGGAUGAUCAUCAUGAUGACAAUUACAAGGCUCAUGAGCAUAGUGUUCAAAUAGCAAAACCAAUAGUGUAUUAUGAUUUUAUGAGGGCAGAUAAUUUGAGUGAUGGAUCAGUUACUUCCUCUUGUUCUUCUUCUUUGAGCAAUGAUGAUUCAACUGAGGUUUCUUCAAGUCCAAGUAGUCUAGUAGAACAUGAAGAAGCUACUAACCAACCUCUUUGAUAAUGUACUUUUGUUAUUUCCUCAUUGUUUGGUGCAAUAAUAUUUUUGUUCUUUAA